AAUAAAACCAAGCAAUCUAUUAGUCUUCGCACCUCUCUCUCUCUCUCUCUCGUUUUUUCAUCCCAUCACAAUGGCCGUUAGUCUAUGGCGAGCAGUGAUGGGCAACAACACCACUCAAUCGAACAAUAACGACUACGACUCCAUCGAGUUCUGGUCUAACCCUGAACGAACCGGUUGGCUAACAAAACAAGGCGAGUACAUAAAAACCUGGCGUCGUAGGUGGUUCGUAUUAAAACAAGGAAAACUAUUCUGGUUCAAAGAAUCAAACAUCACUAGCGAAUCGAAACCACGUGGCGUGAUCCCAGUGGCUAGUUGUGUUACUGUUAAAGGUGCUGAAGAUGUGCUAAACAAGCAAUUCGCUUUCGAGAUUUCGACACGUGAAGAUACUAUGUAUUUUAUUGCUGAUUCGGAGAAGGAGAAGGAGGAUUGGAUUAAUUCGAUCGGACGGUCUAUAGUGCAGCAUUCUAAGUCUGUUACCAAUGAUGAAAUUGUGGACUAUUGAUAGCUGGGAAUAAAUAUUUUGCAUAACCUAAUUUAUGGUUUUUUUUUUUUUUUUUUUUUUGGGAAAUAAAGUUUGUCUUGUCUGUGUGUGGUGUGAAUAUAUGUAAUUUGUGGUAUUUGAAGAUGUAAGUACUCUGUUUGAGUCAUUGGUGAAUAAUGAAUGUUGUAAAUUUGAUGUCGUUUGUUGAGUUGAA